UGUAUUUACUUGAAGUUUGCAGCAUAUAGUUGCACGCAGAUUUACGUGUCUCUAAAGUAAGCCACGUCAAAAUAUUUAUUUGACACAAUGGUGGAAAUCGAGUCUAUGUCAAGAUAUGUCUCUCCCAUAAAUCCUGCAAUUUUCCCACUACUGGCAGUGGUUUUACUAGGAAUUGGAAUAUUCUUUACAGCAUGGUUCUUUGUAUAUGAAGUGACGAGUACAAAAUUUACGAGGGAUCUCUUCAAAGAGUUGUUAAUAUCUUUAGUCGCGGCAAUAUUUUCUGGUUUCGGUGUAUUAUUUUUACUACUUUGGGUUGGAAUUUACGUAUAGAUUAAUCCUGGCACUGAACACAAAUAAUUUUAAUGUUACACCUGUAAUAGCACAUAAAUAAUAACAUAAGAAUUCCACAUAAUAAGAAUAAAAA